GCAUGGCGCUGCCAUCAGCCUCAGCAUCGGCGGCACAAGCCGCGCUGCCGGGGACGCUGCGUCUGAUGGAGCGACGAACUCAGCGCGCGAAGGCGAUGACAGCUCGCUUUCUCGACGCGGAUAUACCCUCGCCUUCUGCCGGUGCACCCGAUGAGGCAAGAGCGGAACGUCCGACGUUGCAGCUUGGGCGCCGCCGCUGCAGGGCAGCGUUGUGGCGCCCGGGUGCCGCCUGCAGAUCCCCUCGGGCCCGGGUGCCGAGGCGGGGCGCAGCGAGCCAGCCCGCUGGGCGCAGCACCUCGCAUCAUUGCGCCGCUGCCGCUUCAGGACCCGAGACGUCACUUUGCUCGGUGCCGUCGGCUCAGGCACGACGCGGCGUGCAGCGUGCAGCGGUGGCGUGCAGCGUGCCUGAUCUGCCGGCUGCUGCGGCGCUGCCGAUCGAUGCCGGACACCGACAGCAGGCAAGGCGCUGAGAGAGGCGCCAGUGCAGCGGCACGGCGGACAGCUCCCUGCACCCUGAUGCUGUUGAGCGCUCAGGUGCUGACCAAGGCACCGGGACAGCGCAGCCGCAGCAAGCCGCCGGUCUGUGCCGAGCAGCGAGGAUGCCGCCGAGUCCUUCUUCGGGCCAAUCUUGCCCUCACGACGAGGCCGGACGCUCCUGCUCUGCGCCGCGCAACGGCGCCGGGCCUGCUACCGCCCGUCGAGUGCCGUAGCGAAGGCACUGCACCUGCGGGAUGAGCCCUGGCCCGGGGGCUGCGAAGGACUCACGGCGAGCGGGCCGAAAGGCAUAAGAGGCGCCCCCGGACGGGCUGCGAGCGGAUCCCCCCAGCCUCUUCUCCUUUGUGUUCCUUCGAGAGCCCUUCGCCCUUCCCUUCGCCCACAGCGUCCCUCCUCCUCAAGCGCUCCACCGCCACCUUCGCCUCGGCUUACACCGCCGCCACUCUCACGCCCCGUCUACGACCACAACACACCCACACUCCUCUCCUCCCACUCGACGCUGCGCUCCCCUUACCGAGCCUCCGCUCUUGACACUCUGAUCCUCUAAUUUGUUCCAUCCGCAUC